CGCACCGGCACCUGCCCGAAAAGCGGUCUUUUUCAAGCCUGUUUGGGUCUCCUGCCGGCGGAGAACCAGGGCCAGCCGCACACCCGUACACCCAUCGGCUGCGAGGCCCGCGGCACCAAAGCCCAUAAAAAUUUUUCGGGUCUACCCUUCUUCUUCCCACCCAAAGGAUAGUCCGCACUCUCCGCUUAAACUGAUUAUUCUAGAAAAAUGAAGUACUUGGCUGCUUACUUGUUGUUGGUUCAAGGUGGCAACACCGCCCCUUCCGCCGCUGACAUCUCUUCUUUGUUGAGCUCUGUUGGUGUCGAGUCCGAGGAGUCCAGAAUCUCCUCUCUUUUGUCUGAGUUGGAGGGCAAGUCCAUCGAGGAGUUGGUUGCUGAGGGUAACACCAAGUUGGCCUCCGUGCCUUCCGGUGGUGCUGCUGCUUCUUCCGGUUCCGCUGCCGCUGCUGGUGGUGCUGCUGCCGGUGAGGCUGUUGAGGAGAAGGCCGAGGAGGCCAAGGAGGAGUCCGACGACGACAUGGGCUUCGGCUUGUUCGACUAAGCGUCUUGCCUGUAUCAUAUAGGUCUAAUACACUCGGAUUUCUGAAGCUGGUGUAGUUUUGUGCGUGUGCAGUAGGAAGCUGGUGUAGGUCAAUGCGUGUGCAGUAGAGUAGAAGUGGCGAAGCUAUUUUUGUAGCGGUCAGUCGCUUGGGGUGAUUUUCUGGGUUGGCGCCGGCUGGGUGUUUGCAUGGGACAGGGGUCUGUUGGUUAUUAAAGUGUUGUCUGAUGUGGUGUUCGCCUUUUGAUUGAAGUGUCUGUAUUUUUAUUGGUUGGUUGUGUGUAAUUUUUUGAAAUGUUGUCUGUUUUAUAAAAGGGCUGCUGUUAUUGACUGUUUUUUAUU